AUGGCGUUGGCAAGGGUGUGGAGCAAUAACUCUACGUGUCCAAUCGUAGGUAAUAAUCAAAAGUCGGAUGGUUUUUGGAAAGAGGUUUGCAACAAAUUUCAUGCUUUGAUGCAAAAAGAACCAUACCGGGGAGUGAACUCAAUGGGCUCAAAGCAUCGAGAGAUGAAUAGGAAGAUAUCGGUGUUUUGUGGUCAUUACAACAAUGCUUAUUCGAAUCGGCUAAGUGGGGCGAGUGAUGAAUCGGUUUCUGCUACGGCCAUGGCAAAAUACCAGACAAAAGAAGGUAGUGCGUUCACAUACGAAGGGGCUUGGGAAAUCUUUAAAAUUUGUGCCAAGUGGGCACCGGUUCCUAACGAGGUGGCAAGAGCAAAGAUGUCUAAAACAUCCGGCGAUGGAGAUUCCGAAAUUGCAACGCCCAAUUGGUGGAGACAAAAUAAAAAAGGAAGCGGCAGCAAAAAAAAAGAGGCGUCGACAAAAAAUGAAUCUCCCGGUGAAUCGGAGGUGGAUAAGUUGAUAAGCAAGCUCCCCGAAUUAAAAGAAAUACAAGCGGGGAGACUUAAGUCGAAAGAAAAAGAAAUGCAAGAAGUGACUGAUCGUGAAGACUUUAAGCUAAUGGUGACAAGCAUCGACUCGCUCCCGGAAAAAGACAAGGAAGUGUUGCAAAAAAUGAAGGCGAGAAUUGCUCAAAAAUGGGGUCUAUAA